AGAGCUGAGCUGCAUCCCAAAGAUACUGGUGCUUUAUUCCAGGCUCCAUCCCCACCCGCUUUGCCCUGCUUAACUGGGAGGAGAAUAUACCGCUUGCUAGUACCGUCUUGCCCCUCUGGAAGGGCAGGGAGAAAGAAAGAUGGACCCAGCAGGACUUGGGCCCCCGGAAGAGAAAGGAUCUUCCAGAGACACCAAGAGCACAGCAACCAGCACUGGAGGCCAGCCAAAAGCAGAGACUUGGGAAGAUGCCAAAGCUUUUUAUGCCAACCUCUCCCCGCAAAAGAAACCCAAAUCACCAAAGCCACAAAAUGCCAUCACAAUUGCGGUGUCGUCCCGAGCUUUAUUCCGUAUGGAAGAGGAGCAGAAGAUUUACAACGAGCAGGGCGUGGAGGCUUAUGUCAAAUACCAGCUGGAUCAUGAGAACGAGCCAUUCUUGCCUGGAGCAGCUUUUCCAUUUGUCAAGGCACUGGAAGCUGUCAACACUCAACUGCGGGAGCUGUAUCCAGACAGCGAGGAGCUCUUUGACAUUGUCCUCAUGACCAACAACCAUGCCCAAGUGGGAGUUCGCUUGAUCAAUAGCAUCAACCACUACAACCUGUUCAUUGAGAGGUUCUGCAUGACAGGUGGCAACAGCCCCAUCGGCUACCUGAAGGCCUACCACACCAACCUGUACCUGUCGUCUGACUGUGAGAAAGUGAGCGAUGCCAUAGAAGAGGGGAUUGCUGCUGCCACCAUCUUCAGUCCGAACAGGGAUGUCCAAAUCGCAGAGAAUCAGCUGCGUGUGGCCUUUGAUGGGGAUGCUGUCCUUUUUUCGGAUGAAUCUGAGCAGAUAGUGAAGGCUCAUGGUCUUGACAAGUUCUUUGAACAUGAGAAAACGUAUGAGAACAAACCUCUGGCUCAGGGACCACUGAAAGGCUUCUUGGAAGCUCUUGGGAAGCUUCAGAAGAAAUUCUACUCCAAGGGUCUCCGCCUGGAAUGUCCCAUCCGCACCUACCUCGUCACAGCCCGUAGUGCUGCCAGUUCGGGAGCCCGUGCUCUAAAGACUCUCCGGAGCUGGGGGUUAGAAACUGAUGAAGCCCUCUUUCUUGCUGGUGCCCCCAAAGGCCCCAUGCUGAAGAAGAUCCGCCCACACAUCUUCUUUGAUGACCAGAUGUUCCACGUCGAGGGGGCACAGGAGAUGGGCACGAUUGCCGCCCAUGUCCCUUAUGGAGUGGCACAGAAACACAGACGCAUGGAACAGGGGAAACAAACCCAGAACAGCAAGUAGCUGCAAAGGGCAGGAAGGGUUGAGGCCACCUUUUGAUACACGGAGAUCAACGUCUCUCUUGGUGAGUGGAAAAUAUGGAGCACCUUCCAUGACUGGGAACCGAAGGUGUUCAGACAGCCAGUGUCUUAUAUGGCUAUGCUGUUCGGAGGGAAAGCCUUCCUCCUGCUUGUGUUUUGCACUUUGUGAAAAUGUCCUUCCUCUCCCCUGUCGGCUCCUGUGCCACUCAUGCCUCUCUCCUGCCCGUUCUAGCUUUCAACAAUUGCUUGUUUCUAAGAGAGGGCUUUUCUAGCUCUUGUGUUGCGUGGAUAUGUUUGGAAACAUGCAGCAAAUGCCCGAGGAAGUCUCAGACUUCACCCACUUCAAACAGUAGUAUUGACUCUGAAGUGGGGGACGAGGUUGGGGGCUCGAAAUGGGGGUCUUUGUGCUCUAUAGAACCUCAAAGCUCAUGGAAGCAGAUGCAAAAUAAUCAGAUCAGGGCACUUCGGCUGCACAUGGUGCAGAAGUUGGCUUUUCUUGGCAAAGAUUCUGAUUUUUUUUUUGUAGUGUACGCCAGCCUUUACCAUAGGAAACUCAGUAGAAGAAGGGAGGAAAUUCAGAAGCGUUUCCUCUGAAGAGCUUGGUCUGAAACUGAAUAGAAGCUGAGUUUUGGCUGCAGGGUUAAAGGUGGGCACAAGGAAGUAGCUGGUUCCCUGCACGCUUCACAGUCAAGAGAUCCACUCUGCCUUUGCAGAUAUAGAAGCAAGGAAGCGUGUGCGCAGAUGCACACGUGAUAAAUCAAGUCAUUUCUGAAAAAAUGUUUUACUUAGCGGAGGAGGAAUAAGCUGGUUCCUGAACGUUCUCCCCACCCUCACAAUUCAGGCUGUUGUGAAACGUUCGUAGAUGAAAACAGUGUUAAUGAGUGUGGUAGUGUGGAGAGAGCUGGUCUUGGCAAGAAGACCCCUGUUAGAGCUUCUCUCAGCCACAAAACUCACAGGUGUGAUGAAUAAACAACACCUGGAAUCUUUCAAGGAUUUCUUGGACCUUUUUGCUAGUUGCCACCUGGUUUUAUGGGCACCGUCUCUGAAGCAGUUUUGAAGGGGUCGGCUUGACCUGCUCUUCGUUGUUGUUGCAAUUUUCCUUCUGUGCUCAUGGGCUAUGCUGGAAUCAUAUUCUGUUGGGUAAAUAGCCCUUAAGAACAUCAGAAGAGCCCUGCGAGAUCACAUCAGUGGUCCAUAAAGGCCAGCAUCCUGUUUCACGCAGUGCCCAGCCAGUUGCCCCAGAGGACCAAAAACCAGGGCAUAGAGCCCAAGGCCCCUCCCCUUCUGGCACUGAGGUCCAGAGGUUUAGUGCCUCUGUAUCUGGAGGUCCCCUGUGGUCAUCGUGGCGAGAGGUCAUUGAGGGACCUCUCCUCCAUAAAUCUUUUAAAGCCCUCUACUCUUGUGGCCAUCACAACACCCACUGGCAGUGAAUUCCAUAACCUGUUGAAUAAAUAAAUAUUUCUUUUGGUCUCUACCAAAUUGGCCAUGCCCUUGAUAGCCCAGGUGAGCCUGAUCUACUCAAAUCUCAGAAGCUAAGCAGGAUUGGCCUUGGUUAGUAACUGGAUGGGAGACCUCCAGCAAAGACCAGGGUUGCAGAGGCAGGCAAUGGCAAACCAUUGUCUCUUGCCAUGAAAACCCCUACCAGGGGUUGCCAUAAAUCAGCUAUGACUUGAGGGCACCACACAUACACACUGCCCUAAAUCUAUUGCCCAGCAGCUUCAUCGGGUGCCCCAAAUUCUAGUAUUUUGGUAGAGGGGGGAAAAAAGAUCCCUCUAGCCACUAUCUCCACCCCACGCACCUCUAUUGUGUAUUUCCCCCUUGGUUGUCUUUUUUCUAAACCAAAAUGUCCCAGACUCUUCAACCGUUCCAACUCCUUGAUCAUCUUGGUUGCCUUCUUCUGUGCUUUUUCCAGCUGAGCUUUGCAAUAUCCUUUUUGAGAGAAGGCAACUAGAAGUGUACACAAUAUUCUAAAUGCAGGUGCACCAUAGUUCUGUACAAGGGCAUUGUGAUAUUGGCUGUUUUAUUCUCCCCCUCUUUCUCAAUAAUCCCUGGCAUGGAGUUUGCAUUUUUCAUGCUGGGCCGACAUUUUCAUGGAGCUGUCCACUCUAACCCCAAGAGCUCUCUGUGUCUUGGUCUCAGUCAGUUCAAACCCUAUCACAUUGUUGUCCACUCGUGAAGAAUGCCACCCCACCUGACACCCACCCAGAACUGAUUGCCAUAUGGUGGAGCCAUCCCUAUUUGCUAGUCUUUAUGGUGGUUCUUUCAUAGCAUACGGAGAUUAAGAGAGUUUGCUUCCAUGUCUGCAAGCAGUCUUUUGUAUGAAUGAAAGGAAAUAUUGAUGGCCAUC